UUUUUAAAUUAGUUUUUUGAAAAGUUAAAUCCAUCAACAACUUUACAGCCCUGACAGAUGUCGCUCUCUGAUUGGCUGAUGCUGCGCUAUGUCCCGGUCAAGCUUCUGGAAUCUUCCCAGAUGUCGCUCUCUGAUUGGCUGAUGCUGCGCUAUGUCCCGGUCAAGCUUCUGGAAUCUUCCCCCUUCUGAGUCUGCUCCGGUCUAGCUUUUCACUUGUGCGAGACUUUGCAAUUUGGAAGUUUUCCAGUGCUGCCAGCUGUGAUCUUCACCUGUGCUUCACUACACCCACCUUCAAUCAUCUACACUACUGUUACAUCUCAAUCAGAAAACAACACACUGACUAGAUAAACAUAUUCAGACACAACAGACAUUUUAUUUACAAACCUACACAUAAUAUUCACUAACACACACACUUUCACUCACACACACACACAUUCACUCACUAUCUUCCUACAAACACUGUUUCAUUCAUUUGGAACAUAUUUAAAUACAUUUUACAGUUUGUAUUUUCUCUGUUGCUUUGGUCUAGAUAACCGGUUUUUUCUCCCCCAGUUUUCUUCUGUUUUUCUCUCUGUCCACCAGGAUGCCACGCAAGGGACGACGCUCUGAAGCCGCCAAGAAGAGAUGGAGGACCCUGGACCAGGAGGACCUGCAGAGCAGCCAGCCGGACGUCGCCAAGCCCAGGACAUCCCCACCCACCGCGCAGGCUUGGACCCCCACCCAGUCUCCGGAGAAGAAGAUGUCCCGACUGCUGGAGUCCCCGGGCCAGGUGGUUUGCCAGGAGGAGCCCCGUAGGCCAUUGACCUCUCUUGUGUCACGCCGUGGGACGGGGCGUCGCCAUCGCGUCGUGAAGUGGCCGUUUUCCCCUGUGACUUACCGUAGUCACAAGUUGGUCCUGCCAGCCGCGGUCCCGGAGAAGAGGUUUGUUCUUUUGGUUGGUGACUCCCAUCUGCGUGCUUACGUUGAUGAGUUUGUCUCCAUGCCAGAGGGCAACCUCUCCUUUGGGUUUCUUGCAACCCCCGGGGCCUCGGCGGACGAGUUGAGGCGUGAGGUGCUGGGAGCAGUUCUGCCUCGGACCCCCGAGGUAGUCUGUCUUCUGGCACCCGGCAACAACUUGGAAGCCAGAAGGACCGUGCAGCAGUCGGGCGCGGACUUCGAGGGGCUGCUGCUCGCCGUCGGCAACCUCUGCCCUAAUGUGGUUGUUGUGGACUUUCCUCCACGUCUAACCGUGGAGGAAGACCACCAACAGCUGCUCCGGCAGGAGUACCACCGUGUGGCUGCUCGGAGAAAUGUUCGCUACCUCUCGGUAGUUGAACAUUUCCCGCGGAGCUGCUUGGACAUGUGGAGCAGGGAUGGCGUUCACCUGAGCGACCAUCCUGGGAUGGAGGUCCUUGCUCAGUUGCUGUGGGAUGCGUCCUACACGCAACUUGAGUUAAGUGCACCGACAUCUCCAGCUCCACCUCCUGCUCCUGUGACGCCUCCUUCCCCCGUGGUGAGACGUUCCCCCCCUAGGCCUCCGCCUCCUGCUCCUGUGACGCCUCCUUCCCCCGUGGUGAGACGUCCCCCCCCCAGGCUGGUUGUGGUCGGCGAGGUUCCAGCUCCGCGUCCUUCGGACCCUUUCGCUUGGACUGUUGUCCGUGGUGGCCAGAGGACGUCGCGCCAGGUCCAGAGGGGUGAUGGCUCUCCGCACAUCACUGGGAGGAUGGUUGACCAACAGGGAGACCUGCUGGACUCGACCAUUCCCCCGAAUCCUGUGUGGUUCAGCCCAACGGUGCUGGAGGAGAUGGACCGGAUCGUUCCUGCGUCUGGCCGUGACGCUCCGUUACCGACGCGUGCUCUGAAGGGGAAGAAGAAAGCCAGUGUGAGACGUCGUCCACGACCCGAUCCCUCCAAGCCGAGACCGGAGGAGCUGCAGGUGGAGGGAGCUCCGACUGAGAGGUCCAGGCCAGCCCGUCGCCAGCCCAGGAGAGCCACCCCCACGUUGCAGGUUGAUGCCCCUGCCGAGUCCUCUCCCGCGCCUCUGGAGGACCAUGUCAGGGAUGACAGCUGCCAGGCUUCUUCGUUGGAACCCUGUGCCAGCGGUCCGCCUGUCCAGACUGUGAGAGCCACACAUUGCCAGGCUGACUACAGAUACGGUACAUUUUCCCGUAAUCACCAGUGCACCUGUAUGGCUCUGACAUUUUUAGCGUACCACAGUGAGGGGUUGCAGUUUGACACAGUGUUACUUGACAGAGUACUUGAGCAAGGAGAUGCACUUUAUGUUGGCAUUAAACAGCAGCUCAUGUUGGACGGGAGAUUUGUUGAUAAUCACUUGACAGUUGAAGAGAUGCCCCAACAAGUACUGACAGACGGUAACAUCUACUCUGUACACACAACGGGUGUCAGAGUUGGUCGUGUUUUGUGUCAGAAUGAUAGCCCUCAAAGAUCAGGGCGAAUGGGAUUGCCUCUUGCCUCACAACUAGAGUGCCUAUCUGAAAAUGUCACCCAUGCUUUUCUUUUGGUGACUCCAGAGUGCAUUGCAGUUUUCCGGGACAGAGACGGUAGGUUUGGAGUUUUUGAUUCUCACUCCAGAAACUCAGCAGGCCUGCCCCAUCCUAACGGAACUGCAGUGGUCAUGACCUUUAGCAACCUAACGCUCAUGGUUGAACAUCUGUGCAAACUCUUUCAGAUCCGUGGCCCCAAUGCCACGUAUGAGUUUGUACCAGUAUCGUUUGUCAGCGACGACAUUGGUGAUGCCCCUCCUCCAGCCUUGAGCAAUCUGAAUAUUUCACCUGGAUCCACACAAGCAAGCCCAGGUGCUAAGAAACCAGAGAGCGCUUCUGAUGAAGAGGAUGAAGAGGAAAUGCCAGCUUGGCUUGUUGAAGUUGGCCACAUAUUAGAGGAAAUUGUCCCAACGGUGCCAGAUGUGUCCAAAUUGCCAAAAGCCAGGAGAAUAAAAGUAAGAGACAGGAUCAAAGCACAGCUGGGACAGGAUGUAGUUAAAAAAAUGAAACAAAGAACAUCUGAGAAAGAAAAAUAUGAUACAUCGCCUACAUAUAAGGUAAAAAAACUACGGGCAAUGAAACAAGCAUAUCUUCUUCAACAUGUAGAGAGGAAGAUCCAGUUAACUGCUAGAUACAAGCGUGAUGUUGCUUACCGAAGGAGACUAAUGGAAUAUGUGAAGGAAAGAUACAGCAACGAUCCCAACUACAAAGCCAGACAAAAAACAUUUAUGAAGAACUAUAUAAAGGAAAGGUACAGCAACGAUCCCAACUUCACAGCCAGACAAAAAACAUUUAUGAAGAACUAUAUAAAGGAAAGGUACAGCAACAAACCCAACUUCACAGCCAGACAAAAAACAUUUAUGAGGACGUAUAUGAAGAAAAUGUACAGCAAGUUACAGUUCCGGGUGCAACAUAAUAAAAAAUGUGCUGUCAACAGGAGACUAAGGCUAUCAAAGAAGAAGCUUUCUCAAAAUACAAUGCUGCAGUGUGCAAUGAGAAUCAGGCGAAAAUACAGAAGGACUUUAGACUUUCUCCAAGGAACUCCACAGCCUCUGAUCAGCAACGAAAUGAAAGCUGCAAUUCUGAAAUUUCAAGAGAAAAUUCAACUUGGACCAACACAUGUCUGCACGGUUUGUCACAGAGCUCUUUUCCCGAGUCAAGUCAAGCAUUGUAACAGAGCCAAAUAUACCAAGAACAUUCGUGUGGAGGCUGAAUGCCUGACAGGUACGUAUGUUCACAUGUGUGACUCUGCAUGCUCCGCCCCGUGUUCUGUACCCAAAGAGAGGACUCAGGAGUGGAUCUGCUACACAUGUGACAGCUACGUAACCAGAGGAAAGAUGCCAUCAAUCGCUGCUGCCAAUCACCUGGACUUGGCACCGAUUCCCACAGAGCUUUCCCUAUUGAAUGUACUUGAGAGGCAAUUGAUUGCAAAAAUACUGCCUUUUGCCAAGAUUGUUUCAUUGCCCAAAGGACAGCAGAGAGCAAUUCAUGGAGCUGUUGUUUGUGUACCUUCAGAAAUGGAAACAAUCGUGAACUGUCUUCCCAGGCCCAGCACAGAAGCACAGCUUUUACAGGUUAAGCUGAAGAGGAAAAUUAAAUACAAAGGAUACCAAUACUUUUACACAGUAAACAUGGAAAAUGUUUUGGCUGCACUGAGAAAGCUUAAAGAGACCCACCCGGAUUACAAGGAUGUAAAUAUAAAUGAAAGUGCAACAUUUGAGGAUUUCCAGGACGACCAACCUGUUGAGGAAUCAGAAACCCAAGCAGAGGAUGCAGUCACAGACCAACCUGACCACAUAGGGGAAGAACAUCAGGCUCUUCGACCGGGUCUGAUCUUGGACACUUGUAUGCAGCCACCUGACAUAGCACAGGAAGUGCUCUCCUAUGGAGAUGGAAUUUUUAGUGUCGCUCCCGCCCAAGGAAACAAACCCGUUGGCUUCUUUACUGUUCCAAGGCUGGAAGCCAAGGCUUUUCCUGUGCAGUUCCCCACUGGCCAAAACACGUUAGACGAAGCCAGACGAGUUAUACUGUCACCAAGUAUGUAUUUCAAUGUCAGGCUUUUCUCUGUAGACACUCGAUUUGCCAAAGACCAGAGUUAUCUUUUCUUUGCUCAGUUUGUUACUGAGACUCAUAUGGCCAACAACAGCAUGUCGAUUCAGUCAAGAAAAGGCAAAGCCCGGAGCAAAGAAGGACACAACAUUUCCAGCAAGAUGCUACAGGACAAAGAAGAGUUAGAAAAACUAAUCCAAAAUAAAGAGGCCACUCGUUUUAUGCAACCCCUAAGAGGAACUCCAGCUUAUUGGGAGAAAGGUUUGCGCGAUUUGCACGCCAUGGUGAGGCAGCUGGGAAAGCCAACCUUCUUUUGUACCUUCUCUGCUGCUGAAAUGAGAUGGCCGGAAGUCAUUGAGGCCAUCAAAGCUCAACACGGAGAGCAGGUCAACUUCUCAGAGCUCGACUGGAACACCAAGUGUGACAUUCUUAGGAGCAACCCUGUUACUGUGAUGAGAAUGUUCUCCAAGAGGGUGGAUGCUCUCUUCACAGAUCUCAUUUUGUCCCCUGCGCAGCCCAUCGGACCAGUUGAGGAUUACUUUUAUCGUGUGGAAUUUCAAGCAAGGGGUUCCCCGCAUAUACAUUCUGUGAUAUGGAUUAAGGAUGCACCUGAGAUGGAGGAUCCCUCAUGUUGUGACCAAGUCAUCAAUUUCAUCGACCGUUACAUAUCCUGUCAGUUGCCCGAUGAAACCACAGACCCUGAGCUCCACAAAAUUGUAACGGAGGUUCAAAUGCACAGCAAAAAGCAUUCCAAAUCAUGCAAGAAAGGAAAUGUGCAAUGCAGAUUUGGAUUUCCCAAACUACCCAUGGACCGCACCAGAAUCACAGUCCCUCUCUUAUUCGACUUUGAAAAUGAUUGUGAUGAAAAAGCUAAGCAAUCCAGACAAAAGGAUGGCCAGAAGAAGUCCAGAAAAUCGAAGCCAAUAAUCAUCUCAAACCAACAAAGAGAAGCAAAGAGGAAGCUGAAAUCAAUAAGGGAUUUUCUGAUGGAUCAAAAAUCUUCUUUCAAAGAUUUGGCAGAAUUACUCCAGGCUUGUAAGAUGACCAAAGAAGAAUACAACCACUAUGUGGAUGCUCUGACUUCUGGAAUGGUAGUGAUGAUGAAGCGUGAUCCCAAAGACAGCUGGGUGAAUGGAUACAACCCGGAUCUCCUGCGUGCUUGGAAUGCUAACAUGGACAUUCAGUAUGUGAUCGAUGAGUACAGCUGUAUUGAGUACAUGAUGUCCUACAUAGCCAAGCCAGAGCAUGAAAUGGCGCAGUUCCUCAAAUCCAUUGUCGAGGAUCUAAAGAAGUCCGAUAUCAACCAACGGGACAAGAUGAAAAAGAUCAUGCAGGCCUAUUCAAAACAGAGAGAAGUUAGCGCUCAAGAGUCAGUAGCCCGUACAUGUAGUCUAUCCCUUAAAAAGUCAUCGCGCAGUGUC